UUCUGUCACAGCGUAAAUAAACUUUUUGACGUUUUACUGUCACUCUCUUUUAAGUUCUCGAUAUUGUGUAGGAUUGUAGAACUACAUUUGAAGAAAAAUGGCAAAGUCAAAGAACCAUACAAAUCAUAACCAAAAUCGCAAAGCUCACAGGAAUGGUAUUAAAAAGCCCACGAAUUUCAGACACGAAUCAACCCUCGGUAUGGACCCUAAAUUCUUGAGGAACCAGAGGUUUUGCAAAAAGGGUAACCUGAAACCCGCCAAACAACUGGCUCGUGCUGCAAACAGGAAAGCUGCAAGAGAAGCUAAGACUAAGAAAUGAACAUCUAGUUAUAAGUCAAUAAAGCAGUAAAAA